CAAUAAGUAGAGCAAAAACACAGACUAAGGUAGCUAUUGCUAUCUUAGACAGCGUCUGUGAUAAGCAUUUAAUGUUAAGCCUUAGAGUGUUGUUCGCCUUAGCUAGCGCCUGCAUAGCUAUAUUUAGCCUGCAAAUAUAGCUAAUCAAAUGCAAAGUUUGUUUAUAAGAUUGGCUUUCCAACAUAUCGCACGAGACUAUGAUGCGAGUGUCUUUUACACAUUCUCCUAAUAGAGUAAGUGUAGUCACACUUCGGGGCUUUUAAAAGAAUCAAACUUCUCUUGGCAAGCCCGCCCACUUUCCUCUUGCGACUAACUUACACGGCAACUCGCGAGACAACGGGCUGCUUGGCACUCCUAAACGGCUAUCUGCGAUGAACUCGCACGACAAGUCGCUUAAGUCGCGCGACAAGUCGCACAAGUCGCACGACACGGACAAGUCACGACGACGGAUUGCUACAAAGGUACGUACCGCUAAUAGAGCGUCUGUGGAGUCUAGGCCGCUAUGCGCGGCUCAGCGGUUGAGAACUAUUUAUUGUACACAUAUAAAUUCGGUCUUUGUCGCCUUCUUCUCCACCACACGCUUCGGUCUAUCCAUUCGUUCUUUUAGCUUCACAAGCUAUUCAUUCAUUCGUUUGGCUCCACGAGCUAUCCUUGACUGUCCUUCGUUUCUUCUGCGUCCAGGUUCCGCCAUUGAUCGAAUUACCCCAACCAUCACUCAAGCUCAUUCGUUCCUUGACAUUUCACCUCAUCAAAAUGCACUUCUCUAUCUUUGCAACUGCUGUUUUGUCCGUAGCUGGCAUAGCUGGCGCCGUCAACACUGACAAGAAGUCUUGUGAGGGCGGACCAUGGUUGGAGCCUGCUAAGGCGGGCCUCCCCUGGGAAAGUUCGCCUGAGAACCACUAUUUUUGUGAAGGAGGCCAUGCGGAUGGAGAACUCCUAACGGGUAUUCGAGUAUGGAGAGGCGACUGGGCUGUUUGGGGUUUACAGUUUCAGUGGGGCCAGGGAGACUUUGGUAAAGUCUAUGGUGAUACCACCUCCGACGGCACCAACCGGAAAGACCCAGAUCAAGAGCUGAAAUGGCAGCCUACCGACGAAGUUGUGAUCAAGUUGUGGGACAACAAGGGCAAAAAAGGCUUGGACGGUGUUGGUUGGGUCCAGGUUUGGAUCAAUGGCGAAAAGAAAUUGACACAAGGGUCCGACCAUACCGGGGACGAGAGGACCUUCGACGCUGGAUCUAAGAAAAUUCUUGCGAUCCAGGGGAAAACAGCCAGCCAGGCGGGUACCAAAGGCCUGAUCGAGACGCUUCAAUUUUACUACCUCGAGUCCAAAAUCGAGUCGACUGUCAUGUCCAAAAUCGAGUUUACCGAAGACAUCAACAAAUGGAACAGCGAGCAAAAGGGCAUCCAAAAGCAAGCCAGUCUAGGCAGCAUCUGGUUCAUAAACGAAAACGAAGAAGGUGGACUUAAUCAAACUUUCGGUCAAACGGAUACAUUCACAUGGACAAACCACAAGACUCUCGGUGAUACCAAGACCCACACCGUUGGCUUGGGAUUUGGGGCCAAAACAUCAUUCGAGGGGGGAUUGCCGGGAGUAGCCAAGGCGACGACUGAAGUGAGCUUCGAAUCGAAAUAUGAAUUUCAGUACGCCAAAACGGAAAGCAAUGAGGUUGUAGACACGCACACACUUGCGUAUACGACUGGAUCAACUGUCCAGGGUUACCCACCGCAGUCGGCCACCCAUUGCGAAGCCACGGCUACGAGAGGCACGUUCGAUAGUGACUACGUGGGCGAAGUUACUGCCAAGCUCGCAAACGGAAAAAACUUCAAGUACAGGCAGACGGGCCGCUUCAAGUCCAUUACCUAUGUCGAUGCCGUUUCGUCGUGCAAGACGAUGCCAAAGUCGCAGAUGCCAGCAGGCGUGAUGCCCAAGAAAGGUGCAAACAUUCAAGUAGGCAAGCGAGCAGUAUCAUUCCGAGUUUAA